CGUUGACUCAUCAUUUCUAACUUUUCCGUUAUAAAAGUUGUCACACCCUUGGGUCGUCAACGCUGACCUAUGCUACUGGUCGUUUCCCUUCCUUGGCCUUGCGACGGCAGCCUUGCGACAUCCCUGUCGAAGCCUUACUCAGGCCGAAAUGGAGCAAGAGCACGAUGGCCUAUUCCAGGACAGCGGUGGUCAAGGAAGUCGGUACUAUGAAGACUUAGAUCUUAAUGUGGGGGCGGAGGUCGACAUGGAGAUGAACUAUGAUAUUCCUACCGAUGCAGGAUUCCGGGACUGCCUCCUUCGACCCGUUUUGCCUCCUGGGGGUGGCAUUACGAACUUAGGUUGGACUUCUGGUACCUUCCUUGUCGCUUCUACGGAGCCAGAACCCAGCAUGAGGUGUUUCAAUUCGAUCUCAGGCUACCCGGAUGGUUUUGACACCAACUCGUACAGCUUCUCCAAUCCACAGAACUCGUCUGGAACCCUUUUCAAUGCCAACCCCAGUAAAUUGUUGCCAGAUACUGGCGGAUAUGGGUCUGAGAAUUACUCGUACUCGUUUGCAACCGGCUCGGGACAGAACGAACUUCUCGAGAAUGUGCCUGCACCUUUCGGAGAGGCCUCGGAUAGUCCAGACGCAACCUCUAGCUCGAGCUUUCCGCCAAUGAUACCUCCCUCUUCAUUGGGAGACCUUGUUUCUACUGCGGGCUCCAGCCAGAAACGAACAAAAGCGAAGUCCAAGGCUUCAUCAAGUGGCAAGUACAAAUUCAAGGACAUGGUCACAUGUUUUCCGACCAAUCAGCAGCCCAAAGCUAGGAGAACCAAGAAGCCAAUUCCUCCAAGCGAACGCGAAGCGUAUAAACUUGCCAGAAAUGUCAGGUCAUGUUCAAGAUGCAAGGCUAGAAAAAUAAAGUUCACUUAUCCUAGACCUUGUGAAGCGUGCGUGAAGGCAGCCGGGAAUCUCAAUCUUGCAAGUGCAAUAUGUAUCCAGAGUUCCUUUAUUGAACUUCGCUUCGGCGGCUUUGACCUGCUCUUAAUCUCCUUCACUCGCGGCUUUUUAUCUUCUGAGAUCAAAAGUUAUUAUGGGCCACCUAAGUCAAUUCGUGUGGGAAUGGUGUUUCACGAAGGUCAACAAUUUCCAACUGAACUCGUGGUGCCGAUCACGGUACGGGACUACUCAACGCCGGAUUCAGAAGACCCAAUUCUCUACCACAGCGUAGCACUCGACAGGAUCAAUUUCAAUGUUGUUAUCAGCAAACGCUAUGCCAUUGUACCAGAAAAUAUGCCGAAGUUGAAUCAUCUAUUGAAUUGGGGCGACGCAAAUAUGACCGAUGCUCGAGGGCAGUCUGUCCAGCAAUUGUUGAUUACGAAUCUCAAGGAAUUCAUGGAUCAAUACUGCAGGCAUGCACCUCGGCUGCCACUUCACGAUCUUUUGAGCAGCUCAAUUAGACUAUUGAAGUUAGUGAGGUGCUGGCGUUGCACGCAUUACGACCUCUCCAAUUCCGAUAACGAUAAUCCCGUUCUUGUUUCCAAAGCAGUAAAGAACCAAAUCGUCCUCGUUUUGAAAAAGGGCAUAGAAACUGAGGAGCGCCUCAUCUUGAAAGCUUUGCACAAGCUGCUAUAUGGAGCGAAAGGUCCUGGAGAGAACAACAUGAUUCCUUUGUGGGCGUGCAUGUGGUCUCUGAUCCUCACAUAUCGAGACUGCAUGGCCGUCUACAAGCAGUAUGCUAUAGCCCCGCGACCCAACAUAUUUCAGCCUGGUUGUUCCAACAGUGAAAUGGUAGUCGGAGCCUCGAAGCACAUAUACAAUAUUCUGACAACAAACUAUGCCGCACUCUUCCGUCAAUCUUCACCCCUCUAUAUCGACUGGCGAGAACAGGGGAAUUUCGAUUGGAUUGGAAGGAGCGAGGCACUGAGAAGGUCCUUCGAUGGCCUGCGUACGCAAAUCAUCAAUUUCUAUCAAUCGGCCAACGAUCUCGGCGAAGAUGAUGCGCUUCUGAAGGAGUGGAUCGUUGAUCAAGAGAGCAGAUUAAGACCCCACGAUCCCUACAGGAUCUAAGGUGCGCUGGUUGCACUUACAUUUUCCCUUCGUUUUGGUUUUAUGGAUACUGGAGGGGAAUACUAAGCCUACUUUACUCAUCAACUACAGACUCGCUGAACCAGACAGCCGGUUUUUCAUGCCCACAUUCAUUUCUGUAUUGACAUUUCAUUAUUGCUUAAGAUAUAAAUGGCGGCCUCGCAGCACCAGACAACCGACUUAAAUGAUUACAUUCCUUUGAUUUAUUAGCUAUGGGAAGAUAUGUUUCAUCACUCUUUGUAAUUUCAAUGACAGAAAUGCUAGAACAGAUAAUCAUUUAAGCGGCCGUUUUUAUAUACUUAUAACUUGAC